UUCAUAGCUUGUGUGUUUUUUUUUGUGGCCAUCUUGAAGGUUUUCUGCGUUUCUGCCUUCACGUUCAUUGCAAAGGAGAUCCGGUCAGGUCCAUCCAUUUCUGUUUAAACGUCUCUUCCAGGGGAGAAUGGGCUGAGUUAUGCUCUGCGGUCCGCAUCUGUCUGUUGAAGGAAGCCCCGUCGUCUGAGUGCGUGUAGGUGGAUGAUAUCAGCGUGAUUUCUGGAGCGAUGUCUGCCGCAGAAAAAGCGCACAGCCCGGACAGACUCAAUCAGUUUGAGCGGCUGUCUGGAAGGCCUCCGCUGAGAGCCGCAGGCUCUAAGAAGAGAGUUUCCUGGGUACAAGCUCGAAGACUCCUUGGCCAGACCUGCCCCAGUCUACGGAUCCCUAACAGGUUUUUAAGAGAAGGUCACAGAGCCCCUCCGGCCCGGAGCGGCCAUCGCUGUGUGGCUGACAACACCAACCUCUAUGUGUUUGGAGGAUACAACCCUGACUACGACGAAUCAGGUGGCUCAGAGAACGAAGACUACCCACUGUUCAGGGAGCUGUGGAGGUUCCACUUCGCCACAGGGACAUGGCAACAGAUCCGCACCGAGGGUUUUAUGCCUACUGAACUGGCCUCAAUGUCAGCUGUUUUGCACGGAAACAACCUGCUUGUGUUUGGCGGGACCGGAAUCCCGUUUGGGGAAAACAAUGGGAAUGAUGUUCACGUCUGCAAUGUUAAAUACAAACGUUGGUCCCUCCUCAACUGCAGGGGCAAGAAACCCAAUCGAAUAUAUGGACAGGCGAUGGCCAUAAUCAACGGCUUCCUUUAUGUAUUUGGAGGUACGACAGGCUACAUCUACAGCACAGAUCUGCACAGACUGGAUCUGACGACACGUGAGUGGAUUCAUCUGAAACCCAACAACCCUCCAGAUGACCUGCCUGAGGAGCGAUAUAGGCACGAGAUAGCCCAUGAUGGACAGAGGAUAUAUAUUCUAGGAGGGGGAACUUCCUGGACUUCCUACCCAUUAGACAAGAUACAUGCAUAUAACCUUGAAACAAAUUCUUGGGAGGAAAUCACAACUAAGCCUCAUGAAAGAAUAGGAUACCCAGCCCCUCGGAGAUGUCAUAGUUGUGUGCAAAUCAAAAAUGAUGUAUUUAUAUGUGGAGGUUACAAUGGUGAAGUAAUACUAGACGACCUGUGGAAAAUCAAUCUGCAGACGUUUCAGUGGAAUAAACUACCUGCAGUGAUGCCUGAACCUGCGUACUUCCACUGUGCUGCUGUUACCCCGGCCGGCUGCAUGUACAUCCACGGCGGCGUGGUGAACAUCCAUGAGAAUAAGCGGACUGGUUCCCUUUUUAAGAUCUGGCUGGUAGUGCCCAGUCUGCUAGAGCUGUGCUGGGAGCGUCUGCUCAAAUCUUUCCCACACCUGGCCCAACUUACCCCGAUACAGCUGCUAAACUUGGGCCUCACCCAGGAACUCAUUGAACGCUUGAAAUAAAGAGGCGAGGGAGCUUUGAGUGUGAGAGACAGAUCGUCUAUGUACUAUAUGUGUACCUUUUUAUUUAAGUUUUAGUUUUCGUUCAUUUUUUGAAGCUCAUUAUGGGCAGGACGACGGCACUUGAAGCCAGCUUGUGGACGAGAGGAACAGAAUCGACUAAGGCACUCCAUCCUAACACAGCCCGCCUUAAAACCAAAAACUGUAGGAUGCCUUUGUUUUUGCGUAUGCACCUUUUAAUAAUUUGAAAAUCAAUACAAAAGUUACAAAUAUCCAGUAGAAGGCUCUUUUCUCAAACACUACAGGUCAGUGACCUGAAUGAAAAGCUGUUUUUUUUUUCUUCUUCUUCUUGAGAUUGUAUUAUUAUUAUUUAUUGGCCUUCAGUAGUGAUAUUGUUUUUACUGAUGUAUCUUAAUUCUAUUUCCUCUCCUGUCAAAUAAUUAUUUAAGUUUUAUGAAUCACCACACCACGGCAUGAAUAUUCAAUCAGAAGUGAUGUAAUCGGGGUUCAGUUAACUGUUUGGAUAUCUGAACAGACUUAUGCAGAACUUUUGAUGCUUGGGAUUGUGAUUUAAGGUUUUACUUCAAUGAAUACGGUGCAAAACAGUGUUGAAAAGUUGAAUGUUUUAACAAAAUGGGUUUUGACAGAGAUUGUUGAUUUUUAGGUUGAAUGCUGUUGCUUAGAUCUGCAGUUUGGUCUGCACUCGAGGCACAAACACCAGACCGAGUAAUGUUUGAACAAAGCUGUACAGUCAUAGCAGAGCUGUUCCCAUGCUUCAUCCAGUUUUGUAAACCAAUCGUUCCAUCACUGUGAACUAGGUGCUCCUUAAUUAACUUUUCAUGCUUUUACUGAAUAAAAUGUUUUCCUUAAAUCGAAUCAUCCCUCAUCCAAAUGUUUAAACUGACACAUUGACACAUUUAAUUGAUCUAGUAGUGCCUUUACUGAGCAAGAUGUGAUAAUGUGCUAAAUUAAACAAAGCCUUGCUAAAAGCACUUUAUUAUUUAACUCAAAUUAUAUUCUAGAAAAAGCUGACCUGAAUUUCUAAUACAACAAAGACGCACACUUACUAUUUUCAUCAAGCUUUCUAGCACUUGAUAUAUUUGCGGUAAAUGAAACUUAAAUUUAAAACUAUGGUCAGUGCAGUGCUAAUGAUAUUUUGGGCCUUGUGUAUACCUGUACAGAAAAACUGAAUCAUUUAGCAAUAAUGUAGCGGAGCAUCUUUUACUAUGCUGACCUAUUAAAAAAAAAAAGCUCUGAAUUCAAAACAUCUCUGGUCGAAAAACCAUAUUCAGCAUCUUGAAUUCAGAGUUAAUGCAUUUUGCCUUGGGUUAUUUAACCGGUUACAUUUCAUGGCCAUUUAUUUAACUACACUCAUUAGCCACCAGCAGUUGAUGUAAUGGAGUAAAAUUUUAAAAGAUUCACAAUUGCAACCCCUUGAUUUAUGUUGUCGAAGUAGCUUCUUUCUGGGAUUAGAUCACAUACAUGCCCAUAUUAUGUGCCUACCUGCCAUUUUCUUUCUGCAUGACUGGAUUCCUGUUUGCAUGGGUCAGGAUUUAAGGGUGCUUUGUCAUACGGGCGAUGUGCAAACAGUGACAACUCCACAUUUAUUUCCAGAAAUUAUUUCAGAGAACAUUUUCACUCCGUCUGCAUGGAGUGACGGGAGUCCCUACAUUCGUGUUUUUUUGAGACUAGGGGUUUCGCUGGACUUCGAUUCCUCAGUUGUGCAGCAAAUGUCCAAAACUCACCCGUUACCUGUAACUUGUGUUCCCGUUUUGUGUUUUAUUGUUGAAAAAUUAAUAAACUUGUUCAAACUG